AACCAACCAACCAUACAUUUGUUUGCCAAGCGUUUGUGUAGGGGGAUGAAACGAAAAUCUGGUUUGCUACUCAAACAUUGUUUCUUAUUAUUUUUUUCACAAAUAUAUAUUAAUAAAAAAUAAAAUAAAUAUAUAAAUACACUUAUAAGCAAUCUCAAAAAUAUAGUUAUGAAUAUCAAUUAACUAAAUUACGUUUGGGGACUGGGGUGUUGCUAUUUAGAUAUAGAUAUAGAUAGAUAUAGAUCUUGAUUCAGUCAUCAUAAGUUGUUAACAUAUAAAGUCAUCUGGACUUUCACAAAGGAAGACCUUUUUCUACCCAGAAAUCGUAUUUCAUUCUGGCAUACAUACAUUAACAAGUUGGUAGACUAGAUACAAGGCUUAACGUCUACAAUUUCUAGAAACUUAAUGUCAGAAAAGGGAGAUGACGUUGAUGGGAGAUCGGGAAAGCUUGUUGUGGAUGAUGUACAACAAAAUGAUAAAUUAAACGGCACAAGUCCUCAAAAUAGUGAAGAUCUUAACAAGGAUUCAAGUGCAAAAGCAUUAGAGCAAAAUGGGACACGUGAAGAUUUAAAAGAGUUGCGUGAAAAGAUAGAAGCUUUGAAUAGACAACGUGUUAUAGAAAGACCACGAGAUGCCGCAGAGGCUGUACUUAAGCAUCUUCGUGCAGAAUUUACAAAAGCAGAUUCCAAGUCUCAAGACCUUGCUGCUAAACUUGCUGAAGCUGAGAAGAAUCUGCACCAACAAGUCAAAGAGCGUGACGAGACCAACUCCGAGCCUGGUUCCAAGUUGAAUCAGCUUCACAAGCAAGCAAAACAACAAAUCCAAGAAAUUGAGAAGGAGAAAGAUGACCAUGCAGCUCAGCAUCACGAAGUCAAUGAAAAGUCCAAGCAGGCUGGUUUGCAACUGCCAGGAUUGCAACAGGAGCUUGUCCACACACGCCAAAAUGCAAGCCAAUACUACCAAAACUCUCUUUUUUCCUCAAAUCCUAGUUUAAUUUCUUUUAGUCAAAAUCCGCAAACCUCACAAAAUACUGAAAAACAACCACGAAUCAAUAAAUGGGAUGUUGCUGAAGACGUUGCUCUGAUGUCAGCAUGGUGUAUGAUUAGUGCAGAUUGUAUUGGUGGGAAAAACCAUAAAAUAAGAUCAUUGUGGACUGAAGUUAAGAAAUUGUAUGAUGCAGCUCGGGAAGAAAAUCCAAAAAAACUUGGUGAUAGGAAUAUCGACCAAAUGAAAGGUCGUUUUAAACGACUAAACGAAAACGUUGGACAAUGGGUUGCAGCAUACCAGGAAGCACACCGCCUAGUAAGAAGUGGAAUGACCCAGAGAGAUAUUGAAAACAAUGCUCAUAAAAUUUUUGAGCAAAGUGGGAAAAAGUUCCACGACUCUGUUGUAUUCAAUGAAGUUAUGUGCAAAUACCCAAAGUGGGCUUUAGAGACAACUCGUGACACAACACGUUCCCGUCCUGAAGAAGUAGAUAUAGAAGAAAGUGGUGAAAGUACGAAAAGAACAAGGACUACAGAAGAAGGAGACUAUUGUGUGAAUUCCAACCCAGAUGCGCCAACUAGUGGUGGUUCAUCAACACAACGUCCAACAGGUGGAGAGGCACCCAAAAAGAAGAAGAAAGGAAAAUGCAAGGUUCCUAAUCAAAUUGUUGAAGAACUUCGUGCAAUGAGGGUUACUCGAGAAAGUGAAGUUGAUUUUAUGAGAAAAAGACUCGAGUUCGAGGAAAAAAAGGAACAAAAGAAAGAAGAAAGAGAGCUUAAGAAAAUGCAACUUUUGCAUCUUAACACAUUAUUACAAAAGGAACAUCUGUCGUCUGAAGAAGAUAAAAUUAAACGUUCUCUAAUGUCAAAGUUUUAUGGAAACUUAAUGUAGGUCAUUUUCUUACCUUUUAUUUUUCUUCUUAUUAUUUUUUUCUUUUUUUGAGUUCUUCUAUAAUGUUUUUUCCUAGUUCAUAUGUAAUGUUUGUAUUUUAUUUUGAGUUAAUUUGUAAUGCAUUAUCUAUUAGAGUUAUCGUUAA